AUGGCUUUAGUCCAAACUCCAGCUUCACAAAUACCAAACAUCAAAUUCCGACACUUAUGCAGGAAAGACCUACGUCAUGCCGACGCCCUGGCAUACAUAUUAUCAAUGCUGAAGGACAAUAAUUUGGAGGCCAUCAAGAUAGUAAGAGACUACGAACCUUCGGUCAUCCCACAACAGACCUUCUCCACAACUAAUCGUGAAAACUAUAUAGAGGAGGACAUUGUCGAAGAUGAUGUAUGGGAAGAUAUUGCCGAUGACUUCGCCGAAGAUGAUAUUUUGUCAAGAGCCAACAAAUAUGAAGAUUUUAGUAACGAAGAAUACUGGAGAACCGAAGUCCACCUUUAUCUCAAAACAGGAACGCUGCCCUCACAUGUCAAGCAAGCUCGUAAAGUACAAUCAAAGGAAGGGAGAUAUGAUCUUCGAGAUGAAAUAUUAUAUAAGAAGUCUUCCCUCGGCCCUCUAUUACGAUGCUUGUCCAGAGAAGAAGGUCAUCGUAUCCUAAAGGACAUUCAUUACGGAGAUACCCUUGGCCUUUUGCAAAAUGGGGAAUGGACAUCGUCGAACCUUUCAUUACAGGCACAGGCAAAAAACGAUUCCUCAAAGUUUGGCAUCCCCGCAGAUAUUUUCUCCGAUAAUGGGAAGCAAUUGCAAGGAAAAAACAUCGACAUGCUCUUCGACACCUUCAAAAUCAGAAAGAACAAAUCUACUCCCAUCUAUCCCCAGAGAAAUGGACAAGCCGAAGCUACCAACAAGACCAUCGCUUUGACCCUCAAGAAAACCCUGGACGAAUACAAAGGACGAUGGUGUGAGCAGCUGCAUAAUGUGUUAUGGUCAUACCAGACCACACGAAGGACAUCAACUGGAGAAUCUUCGUUCCUGCUCGCUUAUGGAGCCGAAGCGAUAAUCCCAAUUAAGAUCAUCAUCCCUACGACCAAGACCGAAUCUUGGGAAAAGAAUCUCACCUCAGAUAUGAUGUUUGAAAGACUCGAUGAUCUAGAGGAAAGGAGCGAAGCAACGUUAUAA